UUUUCUCUCCUCGGCAGUCAGCUGUAAACAUGGCGCAGGAGUGCUGGAAUAAAAUAAACAUUCCGUUUCCAAGUGCUGUUUCUUCGACUCGAAUCCCAUUUGAGGAUUCAAUAGAUCUCCUGAUUGAUUGCCUGCUGGCUGACUGUGAGAAAGUGUUGACCCUGUUAUGUAGUGAAGUUCUACAGACAGAAAUCCGCGUGCUGUACGAACUGCUUUACGUUUUGAACAAUGGCUUCAGACAACACAAGCCAUUCCGUGCAUUAAAACAGGUUGAGCAAUGUGUAAACCGUUUAAAAGAGAUGAAGUUACAAGCAGCGGUAGAAGAUAUAAAGGAAGUGUGUCCAAACAAAUUUCAGAGGGAAGCUGGAGCAGAGGCUGGGGAGUGUGAUGUUCCCAGUCAGCCCAUGUUGGAGUGGCUCGGCCUCAAGCUGCUUGGAGCCUCCAGUCUUUUAGCCCGAACGCUGGAACGAUGCACCAAAGCUUUCUUAUUAACACGACAGCAUCUGCGUCUGGGCGAGUUCAUUGUGCUGAAUGUGGUGAUAACCAGCAUGCUCAGUCGUCUCUGGGUUUUUUUCAGAGGUAUUCUGCGAGCCCUCAUCCCCAUGUACAGAAGAAACUAUGAACUGCUCCAGAAGGUGUCUCAGUCUCAGCCCAUGGCCUAUCUGACUGACUUCACUCUGCCUGAGGACCUGAAAAACUUCCUGUGCCUCGCAUACCCUGAUCUAAAGAUUGAAGAAGUUACCAAAGACCUCUCAAAGAGCGCAAGAAGAAAAAGGAAGUCCAAAUUUUCUCUCCUUUCCAAGUUGUUUGGGGAGACCGAGCAAGAAGAUGAGAUUGGAGAAGGGGAGAGAGAUCUGAUGCCAAUAUUAGGCACUGGACAUUAUGAAGUUUCUAGCCAGGACCUUGGAGCAGCAGUUUCACAACGACGGACCGAUUACUCAGAUGUGUCACCCUAUGGACUGGACAUAAAGGCUAUGCUUCAGCAAUCUUCCAAAAUCACCAAACAGAACUCUUUAGAGCAACAGAUGAAAUUGGACAGCUCAAGUAAAGCUUCAGUGUGUCAGAAGAGGAAGUUUUUGAAGUCACUGAAGAAGACGUCUUCUUUUAGAAACAUGGCAGACCUAAUAAAGGAAGUGAUGAACUGGUGCCGGAGCUGCAAGUUUUAUCAAGAGCACAAACGCCUGGCCUUCCUUAGCCUGAAGUGUGGGAGAAUGGAAAGUCUGGAAGCUGAAGGUGUCAGAGUGGAGAAAAGAUUGAAGACGUUUAAGAUAAAAGUUCAAAAGGCAUUGACUCUUCAAAAAACUUUUCCACCGAAACAUUCCUGUUCCUUCCCUGCACGUUUGAGAACUCGAUGGCAGAACAAAUUCUUCAUGAGACACUUCAGAACUCUCAGACGCAGGUCAGCAGUGUCCAGGAAAUCCUCUGGAACAGUAAAAGAAUCAUUAAAUCAAAGGAGGAAAUGCAGGCCAUUACUACAAUCCUCAACUGAAGUGGAGUCAGGAGAAAUUGUGACCGUUGCGGUUGAGAAAGAAAAAAUAGACUCACAGACUUUGUUGCCGGAACCUAAUAUUUCGAAAGAUGAUAUUGAUGAUAUUUUUGAAUCCUUUGGAUUUUAAGUUAUUCACAGUGAUCAUGUGGACAAUUUUUGUAGCCGAAUUCAGAAACCCUCUGGCCAAAAAAUACAAUUAAAUGAAAUUCCAUUCAACAUUGUAUGUGAUCUGAUUGUGAUGUUUUAUACUGUACUUUUUCUGCUUACAUUUCUACAGAAACAAUUGAAAUGGUUUUAUUCUCAAACAUUUUGCUGCAUGAAUUGUCACAAUCCAAGGAAACAAAUUGUAAAGUGAUUUAAUAGUCGUGCUCUAAUAAUGGAUACAUAAAGUAUACUAAAAUAUGUCUGACUGGCAUACCCAAAACACAUCUUUACAUACUGUAAGAAUAUGUUGGAUAAUUUUGGUAAAAGGUGUGUGUACAGUACACCUCAGAUGUGACAUUUAGAAAUGGCAAAUGACUUUGAAAUUGUGUGCAGCUGACAGCAUAGCACAUAGUGUCAUAUAGGGCUGCACAAUAUUGGAAAAAUCUGACAUUGCAAUAUUUAGUUUUGUUGCGAUAUAUAUUACAAUAUGAAUAUAGAUAUAAUUCACCAGAUGAUUUGAAUAGCUCAAUCUGGGAAGAUGAUCAAGUAUUUUUCUGUGCAGUACAUCUAUCAAGU